ACGUAGAAGGCCGGGUUGUUGUUAAACAAAGCCGUUACCAAAGCGAUGAUGAUACACGCGCAUCGAGUGUGGCGCGGAAGCAACCAACGCAAGUUGUGAAAUACACAAUUACAUUCACAGGCCGUCGUGAGCAAUAGCAGCAGCAGCAGGUUGGUUCGCUUGGAUCGGUUUCGCAGUGUUGAACGACGCGAUUUGCACCGAGUACGGAUUCUCAUUUCACCCCAUCAUGGAGCUUACGAUGGAGAUACCCACUGCUGGACCGGAAACGUACUGUCGCCUUUGUCUCGGCAAGGAUAGUCUACUGGGAGUGUUCUCAUCGGAGCGGGACGGUUCGACCGAGCUGGUAGAGAAAAUCUUCGAAUGCACCAACAUUAAGCUGUCCUCCACGGUGGACGCGGGUUGUACCAUCUGCCACCGGUGUCUGCAGGCGGUGCAGGAUUUCUACCACUUUCGCGUGCGCAGCAACAAGGUGAAUGAUCUCAUCCAGGUGACGACGGUCGUUGCCAAUGGUGACGACAACGGUAGCGCGCACUAUGCGCCGACACCAUCGAAGCAACCGAAGGCAGCCACGAACAACAGCCCUAGUCCGACGGCCGGUGUGCAGCGGAAGCACCAUUGCCGGUACUGUCCCAAAUCGUUCCGCACGGUGGCCGGUUUGACGGAGCACGGUAAUAAGGCGCAUCUGGCCGGCAGGCAACAUCACUGCCCGAACUGCUUGGCCCAGUUCCAGCAUGCACCGUCCCUGGCAAGGCAUGUGCGCAGCCGGAGCUGCUUCGCGUUCAGCAAAUAUCGGUGCCGGGUGUGCAGCGAAAGCUUUCACGAGCGUGAACAGUGGGCCGACCAUAUACAGAUCCAUGCGAAGGAUUUCCCCUACCAGUGUCCGGACUGUUGGUCACAGUUUAAGCACAAGGCGACGCUACGCCGCCACGCCAAUACCGUCCAUUUGUUGGUGCAGAAGGUUUGAAGCUGAACGCCGAUCGGUGCCAGGUUAACGUGGAAACCAAUAAACACCAACAACACAACGACUGAUAAGAGCAAAGUAGGUCGGGUUAGCGAGAAGGGCCACAAUGCAGUGGAGUACAUGCCUGGCCACACUAUUAAGAGGCGGGAAUAAUGCCACAUAAAAGAACGAUAAGGCAAAGCGUAACGAAAUGCAACAACAACAAAAACUACACACACAUGUGUUCAAAUGUAGAAACAAUUUUUAACUUUUAACGUUUUCCAUUUACAUCGGAUGUGGAUGUGGCCGGACGCGUAUUAGUCGAACGAAACGAAUUUCCUUUUGUUUAUAUUUCGCUGGCGAAGCAACAGAAGUUUCUUUUAAAAAUUCUUACCAUCUUCGUGCCACGUGCCUCGAUGGUAUAGAUGUACUUAUUAUUUAUAAUGAAUGUAUCGUAGCAAAUGGCAAAAGUGUAUGUAAAAAAAGUAUAUAAAAAUUACGAUUUUAAUUUAAAGAAUUUAAAUAACCGUUUUGGUUUAUAAGUAGCUUAACUUACCUUUAAUACAUGGUUUGUCGGUGCUAUACUUUAA